AUGACAUCUUCAUCUUCAUCGAUGAUGAUAAGACUAAAGAGCAUAGAAGGAGAAAUAUUCGAAUUAGAAGAAAUGGUGGCAUUGCAAAUGGGAAGAAUCAACACUUUUUUAUUAAACGUUGUUCAUGAAGAAUGCUGCACAAGAAUAUUGUUUCCUGUUAAACUAACAUCACUCAUUCUAUCCAAGAUUAUCUGUUACUGUCAAAAACAUGCCCGACAACCUAAUAAUCAUCAAGAGCUCAAGAAUUGGGAUAAACAAUUCAUUGAAGAUAAUAUUAAUUUUCUUAUUGAUAUAAUUCAUGCUGUUGAUUAUUUGCAGAUCAAGUCUUUCAGGGAUAAUUUUCCAUUUUUCUUUUAA